AUGAGAGCUUCAACUUUUAGACCACAGGCAAGUGUUUUGGAUUAUAACUUCAUGACUUAUCUUGCUGAAGUAUUCAAGAUGGGAAACAAUACCAGCAAUGCUGAGAAUCACUGCAGUGUCCCCAAUGUGACAUUUCAUUACUCUCUCUAUGCAACCACCUACAUCCUCAUAUUCAUCCCUGGUCUGCUGGCCAACAGUGCAGCCUUGUGGGUUCUGUGCCGCUUUAUCAGCAAGAAAAAUAAAGCCAUUAUUUUCAUGAUAAACCUCUCUGUGGCUGACCUUGCCCACGUGUUGUCCUUACCCCUCCGGAUUUACUAUUACAUCAGCCACCAUUGGCCUUUCCAGAGGAUCCCUUGUCUGCUAUGCUUCUACCUGAAGUAUCUCAACAUGUAUGCCAGCAUUUGUUUCCUGACAUGCAUCAGCCUUCAGAGGUGCUUCUUUCUCCUCAAGCCCUUCAGGGCCAGAGACUGGAAGCGUAGGUACGAUGUAGGCAUCAGUGCUGCCAUAUGGGUCAUCGUGGGUACUGCCUGUUUGCCAUUUCCCAUCAUGAGAAGCACAGACUUAGCCAACAACACUGAGUCCUGCUUUGCUGAUCUUGGUUACAAGAAAAUGAAUGCAGUGGCUUUGGUUGGGAUGAUUACAGCUGCUGAACUGGCAGGAUUUGUGAUUCCAGUAGUCAUCAUUGCAUGGUGUACCUGGAAGAUGACUAUAUCCUUGAGACAACCACCUAUGGCUUUCCAAGGUAUCAGUGAAAAGCAGAAAGCACUGAGGACGGUUUACAUGUGUGCUGCAGUCUUCUUCAUCUGCUUCACUCCUUAUCAUAUUAACUUUAUUUUUUAUACCAUGGUAAAGGAAACUAUCAUUAGCAGUUGUCCCAUUGUCCAAAGCACACUGUAUUUCCAUCCUUUUUGUCUAUGCCUUGCAAGUUUCUGCUGCCUUUUGGAUCCAAUUCUCUAUUACUUCAUGGCUUCAGAGUUUCGUGACCAACUAUCUCGCCAUGGCAGCUCUGUGACUCGUUCCCGCCUAAUGAGCAGGGAGAGUGGUUCAUCAAUGAUUGGUUAA